GUUCCCACCUAACACGGCUUUGGGGACUAGAGGGAAGGGAGAAGAAAAAAGUGGUAUCUUGAAUAAAUAGAUCAGUAGCUCUGCUUCCUUCCUGCUUCCCAUGUGCCCCGUUUCCCUCCCCACCUGUUUGGCGGCUAGGAUGAUUCUCGGGAGGCGGAUCCCAUGCCGGAAUCCGGCCUCUUUCCCUUCCCUUUUCUCUCCUCUCCUCCCCACCCAUCCGGUCUGCGCUGGGGCCCCAGAGGGCACUGCCCCCGGCGGGGCGGGCGACUGGUUAAUCUUUGAGCUGGUAAGGAGAGGAGAAUUCGUGCUCAGCUCCGUGCUGAGUACCCCUAUCCCAGCACCAAAUAAACCCGGGCUUCCCCACCCCCUAGGAAUCCGGCAGCACCGGGCCCCCUCGAGGACUUCUUAAACGAACCCUGGGGUCUGCAGGAGAGAAAACUACAGACUCCUUUCCUUGAGUAGAUCCCUCCAUGCUAUCUGAGCUCACUAAUGUCUGCUCCCACCAAGAGGAUAAAUCUCCCCCCAGGGAUCAGGAGACAUCAGCCUGCUUGUUGGACACCGAAUCCUACUGUACCCUGGAGGAGGAAGGAACUGAUCUUUUAUCUUCUCAGUUGCCUGUAUAUGGUGACCUGGAGUCCGCCCAUGGGGAUCCUGGCAAUUCUCCCAACUGGCUUCGGAUUCGGACCCUCCUGCAGCAGCUGCCUCCACAAGACAGUGAUGAACGGUACUGUUCAACCCUUGGGGAAGAAGAGAGAGUCCAACUUCGGCUAUUCAGUGCCCAUAGAAGAGAGCAGGCCCUGGGUCAGGGGGUCAUCCGACUAGUGCCCCCUGGGUUUGAAGGGCAUAUGUGUGAGAAGUGUGGUGUAAAUCUGAGACCAGGUGAACCUGGGGUGUUUGCAGCUAGGGCAGGUGACAGGAGCUGCUGGCAUCCUGUCUGCUUCACCUGUCAGGCCUGUAGCCAGGCCCUGCUAGACCUGAUCUAUUUCUACCACAAGGGGCACCUGUACUGUGGCAGGCACCAUGCAGAGCUGCUCAGACCCCGAUGCCCUGCCUGUGACCAACUCAUCUUCUCUGGCCGGUGCACAGAAGCUGCAGGGAGGCGCUGGCAUGAAGAUCAUUUCUGCUGCUUGGAUUGUACAAAACCCCUUAGUUCUGGGCAGUAUGUUCUGCCUGGCAGUGGUCCCUGCUGCCCCAAAUGCUUUGAAAGUCGCCUUCACUCUGAGCCCAACCCCAGUCAGCCCGGAGGAGAGACCUUUGCCUCCCAGAGCAAUGAUCCUACUGCUGUCUCCUCUACUUCCUGCCAUGAAAACAGAAUGGAGCAGCCUGGAGACAGCCUUGAGAAAGAUGAGAUUCCCCAGAGCUUCCUAAACAGCGCUGGGAUCCUCGAGAAGGGCCCCACAGGGAGAAGGCUGAAGCGUUCCCUGAGGACCCCAUGUUCAGGGGAGGAUGGGCCCUGCCCCACUUGUUCUUCCUCUUCAGACUCUGAGCCUGAGGGCUUUUUUCUGGGACAGCCUCUACCCCAGCCCGGGGAUGGGGGCCCUGCUGCCCUGCACAGUCUCCACCUGCACACUGGAGGAAGAGCCCCAGGGAGGCAGUGUAGGGUCUGCUAGAAUUCUGCCCUCCUCAACCCCACUACGACCUCAGGGGCAGGUGGUGAGGAAGCAUGAACCUGAGCCUCUGUUCCAGACAGGAGAAUUCCCCACUUAGGAAAUACAGCCUGGAGGCUUCAGUUAAGGAGAUUGCAGCCAAGACAGUUGGUGACAUUUCCACAGUGGGCAGAGGUUCAGGUCCCAGUGCUGGGGGUGGGAGUGAGUGAGUAGGAUUCUGCUGCGGGGUGAAGGCACCCAUCCUCCUGACUAACUUAUGCUUUUCUGGGUGUUCAAAUAUAUCCGGACUUUUGGGGGCGAUCUCAGCUUCCUGUUUGCCAAGUCAUCUAGAGGUCCAGGGACAGUCCUAGCCUAGCACUGACAGCUGUCCUCAGGCCAGCUACAUCUUCAGUCAGACUUCAGAUAGUUCUGAGACCUGGGGGUUAGCCAACAAGCACUUAUUAACCUUGACCGAGGGCACUGUGCCAGGCACAAAGCAGGCACUUAAGUGCUUGUUGACUGACUGAUGUAUUGAUACAGUAGUGUAAAUAAAACAAA